GGCGCUACCGCCAUUUUGUGGGGUGUUUGUCGCAGAGACUGGAGAGCGAAGGAGGUGUUUUGGCGACAUUUCUCUCCCAAAGGGUCUUUUUGCCUUUGCAGAGAUGCGGCAUUCCAAACGCACUCGCUGCCCUGAUUGGGAUAGUGGAGAAAGCUGGGGCCAUGAAAGCUACAGUGGAAGUCACAAACGGAAGAGGAGGUCUCACAGUAGCACACAAGAGAACAGGCAUUGUAAACCGCAUUCUCAAUUUAAAGAAUCUGAUGGUCGUCAUUUAGAAGCAAGGUCUUUGAAUGAGAGAGAUUAUCGGGACCGAAGGUACAUUGAUGAAUACAGAAAUGAAUACUGUGAAGGAUAUGUUCCUAGGCAUUAUCACAGAGACAUUGAAAGCAGUUACCGAAUGCACUGCAGUAAAUCUUCAGGCCACAGCAGGAGAAGCAGUCCUAAAAGGAAGCGUAAUAGACACUGCUCAAGUCAUCAGUCACAUUCGAAGAGCCACCGAAGGAAAAGAUCCAGGAGUAUAGAGGAUGAUGAGGAGGGUCACCUGAUCUGUCAAAGUGGAGACGUUCUAAGAGCAAGAUAUGAAAUCGUGGCUACUUUGGGUGAAGGGGCUUUUGGCAAAGUUGUAGAGUGCAUUGAUCAUGGCAUGGAUGGCAUGCAUGUAGCAGUGAAAAUUGUAAAAAAUGUUGGUCGAUACCGUGAAGCAGCUCGUUCAGAAAUUCAAGUAUUGGAGCAUUUAAAUAGUACUGAUCCCAAUAGUAUCUUCCGAUGUGUCCAGAUGCUGGAAUGGUUUGAUCAUCAUGGACAUGUUUGUAUUGUGUUUGAAUUGCUGGGACUUAGUACCUAUGAUUUCAUUAAAGAAAACAGCUUUCUGCCAUUUCAGAUUGACCACAUCAGGCAGAUGGCAUACCAGAUCUGCCAGUCAAUAAAUUUUUUGCAUCAUAAUAAAUUAACCCAUACAGAUCUGAAGCCUGAAAAUAUUUUAUUUGUGAAGUCUGACUAUGUAGUCAAAUAUAAUUCUAAAAUGAAACGUGAUGAACGCACACUGAAAAACACAGAUAUCAAAGUUGUUGACUUUGGAAGUGCAACAUACGAUGAUGAACAUCAUAGUACUUUGGUGUCUACACGACAUUAUAGAGCUCCAGAGGUCAUCUUGGCUUUAGGUUGGUCUCAGCCUUGUGACGUUUGGAGCAUAGGUUGCAUUCUCAUUGAAUAUUACCUUGGCUUCACAGUCUUUCAGACUCACGAUAGUAAAGAGCACCUAGCAAUGAUGGAACGAAUAUUAGGACCCAUACCAACACACAUGAUUCAGAAAACAAGGAAACGCAAGUAUUUUCACCAUAACCAACUGGAUUGGGAUGAACAUAGUUCUGCUGGUAGAUAUGUUAGGAGACGCUGCAAACCAUUAAAGGAAUUUAUGCUUUGUCAUGAUGAAGAGCAUGAGAAACUAUUUGAUCUGGUUCGAAGAAUGUUAGAAUAUGAUCCAACUAAAAGAAUUACCUUGGAUGAAGCAUUGCAGCAUCCUUUCUUUGACUUAUUAAAAAAGAAAUGAAAUGGAAAUCAGUGGUUUUACUAUAUACUUCUCUAGAAGAGAUCACUUAAGACUGUGUCAGUCGACUAAACAUUCUAAUAUUUUUGUAAACAUUAAAUUAUUUUGUACAGUUAAGUGUAAAUACUGUAUGUUUUGUAUCAAUAGCAUAAUUAUCUUGUUACGCAGAUACGGUCUUGGUAAUGAAUGAAAUAUAUAAAAGUUAAAAAUUAAUUUUCUUUUUUGAGCUUAACUAUCAUUUUUAAAGACUUUUGGAAUAUACUUUGUGUUCAGUGAUAAAUGUGAUUGCUCUUGCCUUUUGUAUGUGGAGGUUGACUCUUUAAAGUGAUUUUUUUGAGUAAAAGGAGAUCUUGACUACUUUGUUCUUAAGUGAAUAUUUUUUAUAAGCCUCAAAUGUAGAACUUUUUAACUUUAAAAGUCUUUCCUGUAAUUGUUGAGCAGAUAGUAAGUAUUAUUAACUCUAGGUGGUACACAAGCAGGUAUUGGAAACCAAAAUCCAUAGGAAAAUGCCUGCUGUGGGGAAUGUUAUUAAAUUGUAAGUACUGUAUUCUUUCUCAUUGGGUGAUACUAGUGGUGAUGAGUAUACAUUAAAAAGGUGUCCAGUUUGUCUACCUUGAUUUUAAUAAAACUACAUGCAAACUUCAUUUAAGAGUAAAGUCAAACUGGAAAGUCAGAUUUGAGAAUCGUAUUUGCUAAGGGCUGUUGGAUGAGUUGCAAGCAUAUAAAUAGUGAUUCUUAUGACUCAAGUUUCAGUUUUUAAUGCUAGAUCCUAAAGAGUCUUGAAAAUGUCUGACAUCUAUUUCCUUACCAAGUCAAGUGAAUGUACACAUCUCAGCCUUUGAGAAUUAAGGUCUAUUAUUAAGCAGUUUAUCUUUGUGUUAAUCCUUCUGGAGAAAAAUAAGGAUUUGAUCAGAAAACACUUUUUUAGGAAGGAAGGACUGUACAAGUUUCUAGAAACUGGUUGGUUCACAUGAACUUUUUGACUU